UAAAUAAAAGUUUGUACAUGCAACAAAAAUAAAGAGAGAGUACAAAUUCGAUAAUCUUGCAAAAGAUGUUUCCAAUCUUUUAUCGUCGACCCAAAAUGUAGUAUGUUGUUGUUAAAAUACACGACGACAAAAAAAAGAGAGUACGAUACACAUUCAAUCAUAUCCGGUCCCUAAUAUGAAUAAUGGAUCGAAAAUAAUUGAGAUCUCUAUGUGUUAAUAAAUGUAAGGGGUAAAUCCGUAAAGUUGCAUGCAUUUCUUGGUUAAAUCUACAACGUCCCGUCUCUCGAGAUCACUCUCUCUCUCUCGCUCUUUGGAAGGAAUAAAGAAGAGAGGAAAGAGAUAAGUGAAAGCAACUUUUAAUCUGAUUUUUGCGAGUGAGGAGAGGAUCAUCAUUUCAUAGGAGUGAGAGACCCCAUUAAUACCAGAAGCAGUCAGAGUUUCUCAAUAAUUGUACCAAAUUCUCUCUAUUCUUCUUCUCUUUCAUUUUAGAUAUUUUCUCUUACGCAGACUCAUUGCUUUCCUCUCUCCAUGGAAGCUACUGAGUUAUGAUCCUUACCCUCACCGGUCUUUAACUAUGCUUAGAAACAAACCUAGAGCAGCCGUGACGACUAAGAAACAAACAUCUCUGUUAAUGGCUGAUCAACCUCCACCUCCAAAGCCUAACACUUGCCACUGCUCACCAUCUCUCUUUAGCUCUCCCAAGUUUAGGUUUUUCACUUCUAAGAUGAUGAUGACUCCCUUUGACUCUGAUUUCUCACUCGUUAGCCCUACGUCUAUACUCGAAGCUAACCCAUCCAUCUUCUCCUCCAAAAACCCUAAACCCGUUUCCUAUUUCGAGCCAACUAUCCCUAAUCCCCAGCGUUUUCACUCUCCAGACGUCUUUGGCCUAGCCGAUCUCGUGAAAGACGGAGACAGUAACAGAGACCACUCUAGAAAACCUGUCAACAAGAUGGUCCUUUUCGGGUCAAAGCUCAGAGUCCAGAUCCCAUCAUCAGCUGAUUUUGGAACUAAAACCGGCAUCAGAUAUCCUCCUUGUCAACUUAGUCCUUGUGUCCAAACGAAGGUCUUAGCAGUGAGCGAGAUUGACCAGACGGAGGACUACACGCGCGUCAUCUCUCACGGUCCUAACCCAACCAUCACUCAUAUCUUCGACAACUCUGUUUUCGUGGAGGCUACUCCUUGCUCUGUUCCUUUACCCCAACCAGCCAUGGAGACCAAGAGCACCGAGAGUUUUCUAAGCCGUUGCUUCACCUGCAAGAAGAAUCUUGACCAGAAACAGGACAUCUACAUAUACAGGGGAGAGAAAGGUUUUUGCAGCAGCGAGUGCAGGUACCAGGAGAUGCUUCUUGAUCAAAUGGAGACCUAGCUAGCACUCCUUCUCCAUCUCUUUUCAUUUUUAUUGAUUUUGUCACAGCAUCAUCUACUUUUGUAUUAUUCUUUUAGUUCUCUGAUGCUUCUUCUCUUUCUUUCUUUUUUUGGGUGGGGGUAUUUGUAUUUCUAGUCAUAACCUUUCUCGCCUGCAGAUAUGUGAAAGAUAGAGAGAGAGUUGAUAACUUUUUUCUUUGUGUCAUGAGAGUGAGUGACUCGGAGGGCUCAAUAAUAUCAUAAACUUGCAGAAUACUGCCAUCUGAAUCAGAAAAUAUCAAAAGCAUCAGUCUUUUCCAUAACCUAACAUUCGUCGUGGCUCUAUGCGGUCUUGUAGAGGGAAAAUGUUAUUGCUAUAAGGCCAUUUGCUUUUUGAUUUAAUUUUGUUAACUUUGACAGCGCCAAGUUACAACAAUAUAUCAAGUUUUGUUACCGUUUACCUCAGAUUCUGAACUCAGACUCAUUUUUCAGUCGAGAAAGGUUUCUGGGAAGCCAUUGAACUCGUG